AUGGGUUUCAUGCUCUGCACAUUUCUCUUCCUCCUCCUCCUCCUCCUCCACAGCCCCUCCUCUUCUGCUCUCAUCUCCUCCUUCUCCUCCUCCUCCUCAUCAUCAUCCCAUGAAAUCCAACACAAACCCCCCUCAGACGCAUCCACCGCCACCGCCGCCCAAUACCGAGUGUUCUACCUCAAGAACACGACGCCGUUUCCCUUGGACAAACAAGAUCAACUGAGCAAGAAGCACAGAAAGAUGAGGCACAAGCAGAAGAAGAGGAGAAAGAAAACCAACAAGAACUUCAAAAGCAGGCCUUUCUCCGUAAUGCUGCCCAAGGGUUUUGUCCCUCCUUCCGGCUCCUCCCCUUGCCACAAUGGUUACCCCAACUCCGUCGUCUUCUUCUGCGACCUUGCCCCCACCACUGCAAAACCAUAG